UGUAGAUGAGAAACUGAGGUCUAGAUUAAGUUAAGUCCUUGAAAGGCAUGCUGUUUGCAAAUGGAAAAGAGAGAGAGAGAGAGAGAGAAAAAAGAAAGUCUCGAAUUCUGCUCUGUUUAAUUUUAGGAUUUCCUAGCUUCCCCCUGUCCCUAGCUUUCUCUUUUCCCUUUAGGUUUUGUUGUUUUGUUUUGAGAAGGGCUUUUCUGUAACCAAGUCUGGCCUCCAGCUUUCUGUGUAGGAAAGGGGGAACUGAUUCUCCUGCCUGCCUCCACCUCACCAGAACUGGGAUUACAGCUUGUACCACCAUGCCUGGUUUGUGUUGUGCUGGUGACUGAACCCAGGCCACGUAUCAAUUUAUAACUACAAUGCAUCUCAAGACGUGGAACUGUCCUUGCAGAUCGGCGACACCGUCCACAUCCUGGAGAUGUAUGAGGGGCAUUUUUCCUGAAACAUACAUCCAUUUGAAGGAGGCAACUGUGGAAGAUGGAGGGCAGCAUGAAACUGUGAUUCCGGGGGAGUUGCCCCUGGUUCAGGAGCUUACGAACACUCUACGAGAAUGGGCCGUCAUCUGGCGCAAGCUCUAUGUGAACAACAAGGUCACACUAUUCCGCCAGCUGCAGCAAAUGACAUACAGUCUGAUCGAGUGGCGCUCCCAGAUCCUAUCUGGGACACUCCCCAAGGACGAACUUGCAGAGCUGAAGAAGAAGGUUACGGCCAAAAUCGACCAUGGGAACAGAAUGCUUGGGCUGGAUCUGGUUGUGCGGGACGACAACGGAAACAUCUUAGAUCCGGAUGAGACCAGCACUGUUGCCCUCUUCCGGGCCCAUGAAGUUGCUUCCAAAAGAAUAGAGGAAAAGAUCCAAGAGGAGAAGAGCAUUUUGCAGAACCUUGACUUGAGAGGUCAGGCAAUCUUCAGUACUGUCCACACCUAUGGUCUUUAUGUGAACUUCAAGAACUUUGUCUGUAACAUUGGGGAGGAUGCGGAGCUGUUCAUAGCCCUGUAUGACCCAGACCAGUCCACCUUCAUCAGUGAGAACUACCUAAUUCGCUGGGGCAGUAAUGGGAUGCCCAAGGAGAUAGAGAAGCUCAAUAACCUCCAAGCAGUGUUCACCGACCUGAGCAGUACAGACCUCAUCCGGCCACGCAUCAGCCUCGUGUGCCAGAUCGUCCGGGUGGGCCGAAUGGAACUGAAGGAGGGCAAAAAGCACACCUGUGGGCUCCGGAGGCCCUUUGGAGUAGCAGUGAUGGAUAUUAGUGAUAUCGUACAUGGGAAGGUGGAUGAUGAAGAAAAGCAGCAUUUUAUCCCCUUUCAGCAAAUUGCCAUGGAAACCUACAUCCGCCAGAGACAGCUCAUUAUGUCACCCUUGAUAACCUCCCAUGUGAUUGGAGAGAAUGAGCCACUCACUUCGGUUCUAAAUAAAGUCAUAGCUGCCAAGGAAGUGAAUCACAAAGGACAAGGUCUUUGGGUGUCCUUAAAGUUAUUGCCAGGUGACCUCACACAGGUUCAGAAGAACUUUUCACACCUGGUGGACAGAUCAACAGCGAUUGCUCGGAAGAUGGGCUUUCCAGAAAUAAUCCUGCCAGGGGAUGUUCGAAAUGAUAUUUAUGUCACCCUGAUCCAUGGGGAGUUUGAUAAGGGGAAGAAGAAGACACCCAAGAAUGUGGAGGUGACCAUGUCUGUGUUUGAUGAGGAAGGCAACCUUUUAGAGAAAGCCAUUCAUCCUGGAGCUGGGUACGAAGGCGUCUCAGAGUACAAGUCCGUGGUGUAUUAUCAAGUCAAGCAACCUUGUUGGUACGAGACAGUCAAGGUCUUCAUUGCUAUCGAGGAGGUCACACGCUGCCACAUAAGAUUUACCUUCAGACACAGGUCAUCUCAAGAAUCCAGAGAUAAAUCAGAGCGAGCCUUUGGGGUGGCCUUUGUGAAACUGAUGAAUGCGGACGGCACCACGCUGCAGGACGGGAGGCAUGACCUGGUGGUAUACAAGGGUGAUAAUAAGAAAAUGGAAGAUGCUAAAUACUAUCUGACUCUGCCUGGGACCAAAGCAGAGCUGGAAGAAAAAGAACUCCAAGCAUCCAAAAACCCCUCUGUCUUUACACCCAGCAAAGAUAGCACAAAGGACAGUUUUCAGAUUGCCACUCUCAUCUGCUCCACAAAGCUUACCCAGAACGUGGACCUGCUAGGCUUACUAAACUGGCGUUCCAAUUCUCAGAACAUUAAGCACAACCUGAAGAAGUUAAUGGAAGUGGAUGGAGGAGAGAUCGUUAAGUUUUUGCAGGACACACUAGAUGCACUUUUUAACAUAAUGAUGGAAAUGUCAGACAAUGAAACAUACGACUUCCUUGUGUUCGACGCCCUGGUCUUCAUCAUUUCCCUGAUAGGAGACAUCAAGUUCCAGCAUUUUAACCCUGUACUCGAAACCUACAUUUACAAGCACUUCAGUGCCACCUUGGCACACGUGAAACUCUCCAAGGUACUGAACUUUUAUGUGGCUAAUGCGGAGGACCCUAGCAAGACGGAAUUGUUAUUUGCUGCUCUGAAAGCCUUGAAGUACCUGUUUCGAUUCAUCAUCCAGUCUCGGGUGCUCUAUUUGAGAUUUUAUGGUCAGAGUGAAGAUGGAGACGAGUUUAACAACUCAAUCCGCCAGCUGUUUCUUGCUUUCAACACGCUGAUGGACAGGCCUCUGGAAGAAGCUGUCAAGAUCAAGGGGGCAGCCUUGAAGUACCUUCCCAGCAUAAUUAAUGAUGUCAAGCUGGUGUUUGAUCCCAUGGAGCUCAGCGUGCUCUUCUGCAAGUUCAUUCAAAGCAUUCCUGACAACCAGUUGGUCCGGCAGAAACUUAACUGCAUGACCAAGAUAGUGGAGAGCAGCCUUUUCCAGCAGGCGGAGUGCAGGGAGGUGCUGUUGCCGCUACUGACAGACCAGCUAAGUGGCCAGCUGGACGACCACUCGACCAAACCCGACCAUGAGGCGAGCUCACAGCUUCUAAGCAACAUACUAGAGGUGCUGGACAGGACGGAUGUGGGCCCCACUUCAGCACAUGUACAGAUGAUCAUGGAGAGGCUGUUGAGAAGGAUCAACCGGACCGUGAUUGGGAUGAGCCGACAGUCUCCUCACAUUGGCAGCUUUGUGGCUUGCAUGAUUGCCGUCUUACGACAGAUGGAGGACAGCCACUACAGCCUCUACAUCAGCACCUUCAAAACCAGACAGGAUAUCAUAGACUUUCUCAUGGAAACCUUCAUUAUGUUUAAGGAUCUGAUUGGAAAGAAUGUGUAUGCCAAAGAUUGGAUGGUCAUGAAUAUGACCCAGAGCAGAGUUUUCCUCCGUGCUAUUAAUCAGUUUGCUGAAGUUCUCACCAAAAGCUUCAUGGACCAGACAAGCUUUGAACUUCAGCUCUGGAACAAUUACUUCCAUUUGGCUGUAGCUUUUCUCACCCAUGAGUCCCUUCAGCUUGAAACUUUCUCGGAAGCCAAGCGCAACAAAAUUGUGAAAAAAUAUGGGGACAUGAGAAAGGAAAUCGGCUUUAGGAUCCGCGACAUGUGGUAUAACCUGGGACCACACAAAAUCAAAUUCAUCCCAUCCAUGGUGGGCCCCAUCCUGGAAGUCACUUUAACCCCUGAAGUGGAGCUCCGUAAGGCCACCAUCCCCAUUUUCUUUGACAUGAUGCAGUGCGAGUUCAAUUUGAGUGGAAAUGGCAACUUCCACAUGUUUGAGAAUGAGUUGAUCACAAAGCUGGAUCAGGAAGUAGAAGGUGGCCGAGGAGAUGAACAAUACAAGGUUCUUCUGGAAAAGCUACUCUUAGAGCAUUGCCGGAAACAUAAAUACCUCUCGAGCUCUGGGGAAGUCUUUGCGCUUCUGGUAAGCAGCCUCCUAGAGAACUUGCUGGACUACAGAACCAUCAUCAUGCACGAUGAAAGCAAGGAGAACCGCAUGAGCUGUACAGUAAACGUUCUGAAUUUCUAUAAAGAAAAGAAGCGAGAGGACAUAUACAUACGGUAUUUAUACAAGCUUCGAGAUUUGCACAGAGACUGUGAGAACUACACAGAAGCUGCCUACACACUCCUCUUACAUGCGGAGCUUCUGCAGUGGUCGGACAAGCCCUGUAUGCCCCAUUUGCUGCAGAGGGAUAGUUACUAUGUUUAUACCCAGCAGGAGCUUAAAGAGAAACUAUAUCAAGAGAUCAUAUCCUAUUUUGAUAAAGGCAAAAUGUGGGAGAAAGCCAUCAAGCUGAGCAAAGAGUUGGCGGAGACCUACGAGAGCAAAGUAUUUGACUACGAGGGCCUAGGCAGUCUCUUGAAAAAAAGAGCCUUGUUUUACGAGAACAUCAUUAAGGCCAUGAGGCCCCAGCCUGAGUACUUUGCUGUGGGAUACUACGGGCAGGGCUUCCCUUCCUUCCUGAGGAACAAAAUCUUCAUCUACCGGGGUAAGGAGUAUGAGAGGCGAGAAGACUUCAGCUUGAGGUUGCUGACGCAGUUCCCCAAUGCUGAGAAGAUGACCAGUACCACACCACCAGGAGAAGACAUCAGGUCAUCUCCAAAGCAGUACCUGCAGUGCUUCACUGUAAAGCCUGUCAUGAGCUUGCCGCCCAGCUACAAGGACAAACCGGUUCCAGAGCAGAUCUUAAAUUACUACAGAGCUAAUGAAGUUCAGCAGUUCAGGUAUUCCCGGCCAUUCCGGAAAGGAGAAAAAGACCCAGAAAAUGAGUUUGCCACCAUGUGGAUUGAAAGGACCACAUACACAACAGCCUAUACCUUCCCUGGGAUUCUCAAGUGGUUUGAAGUCAAACAUAUUUCAACAGAAGAAAUCAGCCCUUUGGAGAAUGCCAUAGAAACCAUGGAGCUGACCAAUGAGAGGGUUAGCAACUGUGUACAACAGCAUGCCUGGGACCAUUCCCUCUCUGUGCACCCGCUCUCCAUGCUGCUCAAUGGCAUUGUGGACCCAGCUGUCAUGGGGGGAUUCUCCAACUAUGAAAAGGCCUUUUUUACAGAAAAAUACUUACAAGCACAUCCUGAAGACCAGGAGAAGGUGGAGCUCCUCAAGCGGCUGAUUGCCUUACAAAUACCUCUGCUCGCAGAAGGGAUCCGAAUUCAUGGGGAGAAACUGACGGAGCAGCUCAAGCCACUGCAUGACCGGCUAUCUUCAUGCUUCCGGGAACUCAAGGAGAAAGUAGAGAAGCUCUAUGGGGUUAUAACGCUGCCACCCAGCAUGACAGAGAGGAAGCCAAGCCGUGCAGGUUCCAUGGUACUGCCCUACAUCCUGCCCUCCACGCUGCGCAGGCUGUCUGUCACCUCGGUGGCUUCCUCAGUGGUCUCAACCUCCUCCAACUCUUCAGACAACGCUCCUUCCAGGCCAGGAUCUGAUGGUUCCAUCCUGGAACCACUGUUUGAACGAAGAGCUUCAUCAGGUGCCAGAGUUGAAGAUCUGCCACCCAAAGAAGACAGUGAGAACCGGAUUAGCAAGUUCAAGAGGAAAGACUGGAGUCUGAGCAAGUCACAAGUCAUUGCAGAGAAAGCUCCAGAACCUGAUAUGAUGAGCCCAGGCAAAAAAACACAAAGGCCAAAGAGUCUCCAGUUGGUGGACAGCCGGCUGACACCAUUCCACAGUCCCUCACCUCUGCAGUCUACAGUCUUGAGCCCACCUCCACUCACUCCCAAAGCCAUGAGAACCCUAAGCUCCCCAUCUUUGCAGACGGAUGGGCUGAUGGCUUCUGUCCCUCCUCCACCUCCCCCCAAAAACAAACCAUACGAGAGCAGUCAGAGGAACUCGGCUGAGAUUGCUCCCCCGCUGCCUGUCCGGAGAGAUGCCAAAGCCCCACCUCCACCCCCUCCAAAGGCUCGAAAAUCAAGCAUCCUCUCUUCUGAGCCAGGCUCUCAGUGAGGCUGUCACCCUGGCUUUGUACCUCCAAGUGCUUUGGACCACUGCUUCCUGAGAAGGGCGCCCAGGAAGGGUGGCCUGUGGCACGGGGCUCCUUGCAGUGCUGCUUCUUGCACUGAGAUGGUUCCCCAACUCAGAACUGUCUUGUCUGUCUGAAUGCUGAGUCUCAUCCCCUUCAGCCCAUGGAACGUCCAGAACUGGCCAUCUGUCGGCAUGAACAAACUAGUACUCUCCCUUUCCCGUGGUGGCAUGUUGGCCUCAGCCACUGAGUUGCUAAACCUGCAGAUGCUCUGGCCUGCGGUGACACAGGGACAGUGGAGUGGGGGACAGCUCCAGCACUGACUCCUGUGUGGAUUUCUCAGUUAGCUUCUGGACAGCUGUGCUGAAAACUUCCUUCCUUCUCUUCCUGCCUGCAUCCCUGACGUGACCAGUUACCAAGUACACUCCAGGAGCCACAAUGGUUCUCUUUCCCUAAUGUCUACUGUCUCCUUUGAGGGAAAGAGCCCAUGUGCAUAGAGGAGGUGGGCCACUCUCAGGUAUGGAUGGCUUCUCUUGAGAUACCACAGACUCACAUUCUGACAUCCUCCUGAAGAAUGGCCCUCACCAUACCAUACAGCAGUCACUUGCUGUGCCUUGAAUUCCAUUGAUGCUCUUUGGUACUUGUUUCUCAUCUUCUUCCUUUGAGCUCAAAUCCUGGGCUCUAAGAGGACAUAGGAGCCUUGGCUCUACUGGCUACGUUUCCACACCCUGUUGGACUGACGAGGUGGUCCCUGCUUGCUACUUGAUUUUAUCCUGGAGAAUACAGUGAUUGAUUAUUUAUUCCUCUUGAUCAUAGAGUGAAUUUGAUUGAUUACUAAUGGUACUAAUGGCCAUACUCCUUUCAGAAGGAAAAAUUAGGAUGACUUGGAUGUCCAAAUCUUAUGUUGAUGUAGAUGACCACAAGGUGUUACUGAUGUUUUGAGUUAGAUGGGGUUUUUAAAUUCAUACACACACACACACACACACACACACACACACACACACACACACACACAUACACACACACACCUACCUCACUUUGCAGGUAAGGAAAUUAAAGCCUCUCACACAAAGUGGACUACAGGCUUUUACUAACAGCCCAGCUUGCUCACAUGCAAUGUACCCAAGAUAGCAUCUCUAACAAGGUCUUGGCUGCCUAGCCCCAGUGAGAAUGGUAUUUGAAAGCCCCAGAUAAUUCUAACAGACUUGGUUGUUGAGAGCAAAGCUGAAAGCUUUCUGGCUGUGGGUUGAGUAUACCUUGGGCAUUCUCAAAUCUCUCCAGUGGCCUUCCCCUGAAUCUUUCCUUCCAAGUUCAACUGAGCAGGGGGAUUCCAGCCGUGAGGAUCUGCCAUUGCACACCUGCCUCUUCGUUUGCACGUCUCCUCUCACCACCGCCUUUGAUAAGGGAGUUGUGCCUGGUUCAUCACAGCCAUCAAAGGAGGAAAACACAGAGGCAUGCCUGACCCAGCACUAGAGAAGUUAGGAUACACAUCCCAGAAAUGCCACAGGAAUCUCUUUACUUCCAUCAAGGAGAACCCACAUGCAGCCAUGGAAAACACGCGGGCUCUGAAAUUUUAAACUUUUUUGGUCUCAAAGCCCAGGCAUCAUCAUCAACUUUGCACUGUUUGUUUUCUCACUUUUCAAGGUGGGGAAUAUUCCCUCCUACACAGGUGGUCAUGGGGUGCAAUUAGGGUAGAAUGGGGUGUGCAGUCAGUGACUUUCUUUUCUAGACUUGGGGAAGAUCUGAUAGGGUUUAUUUUUCUUCAGGGUCUUUGAGGCUGAAUUCAGAUAUGCAUCUUCCCUAAAAAGAGAUGGCAGCCUGGGGCACCGUUUGCGUGGAAGGGUUAAUAAGAGUUGAAGAUUAUUUUAAGUAAAAAGAACCAGGCCCUGGUGAGAAGCAGAAGGAACCAGAAGGGUGCUAGAGGGCUUCCAUGGAGCUUGUGGCUUCUGAGAAGAGCUCUAGCAGACUGACUGAAAAAGGAUUUGGAGAUGUCACCAUACUUUGUGGGCUGCUACUGGAACAGAAAUGGGUGGGAAAAGACAAACCAAAUCCUCUGCCUGUUCUUGCAGUGAACAGUAGCAGAAGUGAGUCCUCAAUGUGGUCUCUGAGCAGAGCUGGACCGGUCAGUGCCUAGAUAUGCCAACUCCCUUUUCUUGUCGGGCAUUUUUCCUUGAUUCCUUUUCCCUAGCAAGGACGAGAGCAGCUUUCAGCUGCCUCGACACAAAGGACUCUGGGUAAUGUACAUAAGUGCGAGUUUACAAGGCUGGGAGAUUCACCUCUCUGGGAAGUUGUCUUAGGGCUUCUGUUGCUAUGAUUCGCUUGUAUCAAGUUGACAUAAAAACUAGCUGGCCCAGAAGCUAUGGAUGAAGGAGUUAAUUUGAUUAAAAGAAGAAUCAUUAGUCAGUACUAAAGUUGAAGUCUUCAAUGACAUUAAAUACAGAAGGGACAAGAAGAGGCAGGGCAGGAAGAAUACAGAAGGGACAAGAAGAGGCAGGGCAGGAAGAACCAGUCUUUAUUGCCCUUGCUAAGAACUCUGAGGUAGUGAAAGGCACUGGAAUCAGCUCCAAGAAUGUCACAAUCUUUAUGAAUGAAUAUUGAUGACUGGCUUGUAAGUUUGUGGUAUUGUUACAUCUCUCUCUCUUUUUUUUUUCUUUCCCUCUCUGCUAUGGUGACUUGUCUUGCUUUGAGAAUUUUUUUUUCUUCUUUUAAGGUAAGAUUUCAUUCAGCAUACAUGUGCCGAAGGCCAGACGCAGUUCUAGCUCCUUGAUACACUCAAUUGAACAGUCUGCUCUGCUAUUCACUCUAGUGUGCUGUAGGAUCAGAAAGUCAGUAGUGUGUGAGAAAGAAGCCCGAAAUAAGGCUGCUUGUCAAUGGGCUGUCUAUUCCCUCUACUUCUACCCCUUCCUUGACUCCAGAAAUGAACUCAUCUCUCCAGCCAGAGAAAUUAUACAGUUAGCCACAUUGCAGAUCCCUUGGAUAAAGCAAGCCAUGUCUCAGAAGCUGAGAUGGGACAGAUGAUAACCACCUUGUUCCUGUUUCCAAGUUGAGUCUUUUCCUCCCAGUUGCUUCUGGAUUGAGGGGCAGGUUUUCAUUUUGCAACUCAAAGGCAACUUACAUGUAGUAAAUACACAAGGCACAGGAGUACAGAGACAUCAUCACAUAACUAGACAUACAGGUGACAUUUUCUCAGAUAAACACAGUCCCAUAUCCCAGAAGGUGCCUGAGUGCCGGUGGCACCAUUCUGUGAAAGGCAAGUCCUUCUGAGUUUGUGCCUCUAUCCCUCACACUUCUCAGGUAUAAUGAACAGGGGAUAAGACCCACCCAUCAACACAAGAAGGCAGAGAUGGUAUCCCAUGUCGAGAGUCCACUUCCUUAUAUGUCUGAGACUGCAAGGAUGUGGCCAGGUUUUCUCUGCUCUGGCAUCCUUUAUUCUAAGGAAACCAAAGCAAGAUUUCUGUCCAAAGGCUUUUGCUCUAUGAACUGGAAUCCACAUCUCUCAUCCUUACUGGUGCUUUGAGCCUUCCAUGCCUGGCUAUUGUGAUCAAAAGAUUUGUGGAUAUCGAUGAGUCUAAAAUCUAUUUUUGAGGUAUUGGUAUAAAUUGUCCUAGUUCUCAAAGCAGCCUGUGGAUAGUUUUCUUCAGAGUCACUAACCUAGGCUGCUGGCUGAGCCUAGAUCUCUGUUUCCUCAUUAGGACCAGACUUCCCUUGUGUACUUUGGGGAAGUGGAUGACUCCUGUUUUCUUGGACAUUUUCAUUCCUCCAUUCUGUUAUUCAGAAUGUUAAAUGGGAUGUGCUGAAGGCGUAGCUCACUUACCUAGCUCAUGUGAGGUCCUGGAUCUAGUCUCCGUAGAGCUGAAGGAAUGAAUGUUGGCAAAAGUGAAGCGUCUCUUUGGGUGGGUUCGGCGUCAAGCCAUCAGUUGUUAGCUACAAAAGAAAUAAUUUUCCCUUGGGGGUAUUUACUUCUGGUUGACUCUUCUGACUCCCACAUGCACGCCUGUGCUCAUCUCUUAAGUUGCCUCUUGCAAGUUGCUCACCCUGUCAAAAUCCCUUCACCUGGAGUUUAUAACCAACGGGGUUUUAUACGUGGGCAGUUAGGAAGAUGUGUGUUGAAGAGUUUUGUUCAUAUUUGCUGUUAUUUAUUUUGUAAAUUAAAAAUGGAAAUGUAUUUUAAAAGUUUGUUUUACGUAUAGCUGGUUAUUGUUCUUAGAUUAAUAAAAUGAGAUCAUGGAGUUUGUAUGGGUUUUCCCUAUGGACAGCUCCUUCAGGACCCUUCACCCUCAGGACCCCUUGGGCUCAUUCCAUUACGAGUGCCUGUUGAGAUGUCUACUGUGGGAUCCCAGUGUCUGUCUUACACAGAACUAAUAAAAUCUGCAGUCUGCUCA